AUGGAGCUCUGUAUGAGUCUCGUCAAUUGUGGCUCCAUCGCUGUCGUCAACUUAAACUCUUCUCGCCUUUCACGCUCUCUUCCUGUCCGUAAAAACCCCAUUUCUCUUCAGUCCUACACUUGUCUUAGACCCCCUUCUCUUUCCCGCCAAUUCCAACCUUCCCAAUUCGCUGUUUCGGCUUCUCCUUCUUCCUCUUCUUCUUCUUCCACGGCUCUCAGCUCCGAGAAAGACCAGCUUCCAGCGGAUAUCGUUGUCACAGAGACCCAAGAACCCAAUUCCAGAGUUAAGUUGAGCAUACAAGUACCAGCAGAGGUCUGUGAUGACUGUUACAAAAGGGUUAUAGACGAGUUCAUGAAGCAAGCCAAGGUUCCGGGAUUUCGGCCUGGAAAGAAGGUGCCUGAGAGUAUCCUUGUGAGUCAUGUUGGGAAGAAAAGUGUACAGAAAGCUGCAGUUGAAUCUAUUUUGAGGAGGACCCUUCCACAUGCCAUGUCUUCGGUCACAGGCACGCCUUUGAGAGACUCAGUCAGUAUUGUAACCAGAUUUUCAGAUAUGGAGCAGGCCUACUCUUCUCUCAAUUCUCUCAGAUACGAUGUGAUUGUUGAUAUAGCACCGGAAGUGAAAUGGAUUCCUGAGAAUGGAUACAAGAAUUUGAAGGUCGUUGUUGAGAUAGACAGUGACAUAGAUGCACAAAAAGCUUCUGAGCAAGAAUUAAGACGCCGCCAUAAGUCCCUAGGUUCAUUGAGAAUUGUAACCGACAGAGGUCUACAGAUUGGUGAUCUUGCUGUCCUUGAUAUAUCCGCAACAACCAAAGAUCAAGAUGAAUCAAAUGUUAAAAGUAUUCCAUCCGCUGAGAGUAAAGGUUAUCAUUUUGAUACGGAAGAUGGUGAUAAAGUAGUUCCUGGUUUCCUCGAUUCGAUAAUUGGAAUUCAACGAGGUGAAACAAAGUCCUUUCCACUGGUAUUUCCUGAAUCAUGGACACAAGAAGAUCUUCGAGGAAUUCAUGCUCAAUUCAAUGUUGAAUGCAAAGAAUUAUUUUACAGAGAUUUACCCGAAUUGGAUGACUCCCUUGCUGAAAGGCUUCUCCCUGGAGGCACCAGCCUGAAACAGGUCAAGGAAUCAUUGUUGCAAAAAUUCCUGGAAGUGGAGCAAACAGCUAGAGAGCAAGCAGCUGAUAAUGCCAUUCUAGAUCAGCUUUGCAAGAUGGUAGAGGUUGACAUUCCUCAGUCCUUUUUUGAGGAGCAAGGUAGGCAGCUUUAUGGAGCCAGACUUUUGGAGAUACAGGCAAAUAUAAAAUUAAAUGAACAGCAAUUGGCUUCUCUGUCAAGUAAGAAGGCUGUAGAUGAGUAUCUUCUAAACCAGAAGGAGAACAUUACACAUAUGAUAAAACAGAGUCUGGCUGUUGGAGACAUAUAUAAACGUGAAAAUUUGCAGCUUUCAACAGAGGAGAUUGUCAAAGAAGUUGAAAAUUCCAUUGCCGAAUUCAAACGUCAAAAACAAGAUUAUGAUGAAGAACGUGUUAGGGGACAGGUUCAAGAAAUUUUAGAGGGAGCAAAGGUGCUUGAAUGGUUGAGAGAGCAUGCAGAGAUUCAGUAUGUAACUAGAUGA